AUGACCCACUGCUGCCCCCUUUGCUGUCAGCCUACGUGCUGCAGGACCACCUGUCACAGGACCACCUGCUGGAAGCCCACCACUGUGACCACCUGCACCAGCACACCCUGCUGCCAGCCCUCCUGCUGUGUGUCCAGCUGCUGCCAGCCUUGCUGCCGCCCAACUUGCUGUCAAAACAUCUGCUGCCAGCCCACCUGUGUGACCAGCUGCUGCCAGCCUUCCUGCUGCAGCACACCCUGCUGCCAGCCCACCUGCUGUGGGUCCAGCUGCUGUGGCCAAACCAGCUGUGGGUCCAGCUGUGGCCAGACCAGCUCCUGUGCACCUGUCUACUGCAGAAGAACCUGCUACCACUCCACGUGUGUCUGCCUGCCUGGUUGCUUAGACCAGAGCUGUGGCUCCAGCUGCUGCCAGCCUUGCUGCCGCCCACCCUGCUGUGAGACCACCUGCUGCAGGACCACUUGCUUCCAGCCCACCUGUGUGAGCAGUUGCCGCCAGCCUGUUUGCUGCUGA